AUGAAAACUUCAGUCAACCUCGCCCAAGGAGGCCCAUCUCCUGCCUUUUUCAAAGAAUGGUGCUACAAUUUCCUCUGCUCAGGAGAGGUUGAUUUCAGCUGUCUGUCUAAGGAGGAUGUUGCAGAUGUGGAAUCUUCCCUGCUCAUCCGCAAAGUUGAAGAUGCAGCAGACAUACAGUCUCUGAUGAUGUGGGCUGAUGAAAUUGUCAGCUGUGGAUACACAAACCAGAUAAAGAUGGAUAGUAAGGAAAGCAUGAUCCGUGCUAUUGUCUUACACUCUACAACAAGACUGAUUCCAAUGCUACAGCAGCUCCGAAAGGGCAUGGAACUGUAUGGUCUUGUGAACCUGAUGGCUGUAAAUCCUGAAGCUUGCCACAGUUUGUUUGUUCCUGGGAAAAUCCUCAAACCAGACGCUGAUUUCAUUAUGAUGAGCUGCCAACCACAUUUCAGUGAAAAAGGGACAUCUAGGGAGAGAACUGAGAGGAAGAUCAUAAAUUUUUUGCAAGAUUUCUUGCAGGAGAUUGAAGUAUCAGAUGGAAACACAGGCGGUGCAGGUGGUGAAAAAUCAGAGUCUCUUGCUGUCCACCAUGUGCUCCAGUGGAUGACCGGCCAGUCCCAUGUUCCCAUCCUUCCUGAUGAAAAGAGACAUUUCAAAAUAACAUGCAAGUUUGACCAUGAAUGUAAGGAGCGGCUGGGAGAUCACUCCAUUUGUUACCCAGUUGUGAGUGCAUGCACUUGUACUGUGACUUUUCCAGUGCAGCAUCUGGACACUUACACAGUGUUUAAAACCAUAAUGAGUGCAGCAGUUAAAUAUGGUGGUGGAUUCCACAGAGUUUAACACAUUGUUGUC